GUUUGGUUUGAACCGAUUUAGAGUCAAAAGUUACAAACCGGAAAUCAAUUAGGGCAGUUCACUGGUUCAUGGGGUGUGUAGCGGAAGGGGAAGUUGUGCGGCUGUUGUUAUAUAUCAGAGAGAGGCGCCCUUGCUUCAAAAAAGAAGAAGACGAAACCGUUUCGAAUCGUUAUCCGAAUCUCAUAGGGUUUUUGGAGGAUCUAACCCGAACAGUCACACAAGAUGGACAUGUAUGAGCGAGUGGCGAAGCCCAAGGCUGAGACUCCGAUUGCUGAGAACGAGAUUCGUAUCACCAGUAUGGGUAGGGCACGUAACUGCAUCACCUAUGCGAUGGCUCUGUUUCAGGAGAAAGGAUCGGAUGAAGUUGUUUUCAAGGCAAUGGGAAGAGCUAUCAGCAAGACUGUCAACAUUGUUGAGCUUAUCAAGAGAAGGAUUCCUGGUCUUCACCAGAUCACAUCUAUUGGAUCUACGGACAUCACUGAUACCUGGGAACCUCUAGAGGAAGGCCUUCUUCCAAUCGAGACAACAAGGCAUGUGUCGUUGAUUACUAUAACACUCUCGAAGAAGGAACUCAGCACAUCCUCUGUUGGGUACCAGUGUCCGAUCCCGAUUGAGAUGGUGAAGCCAUUAGCUGAGAUUGAUCACGAAGGACGAGAGGGACCACCAAGAGGCAGAGCUAGAAGAGGCAGAGGCGGAGGAAGGGGAAGAGGUGGCAGAGGUGACGGGUAUGUGAAUGUUGAGUAUGAUGAAGGAGCUAUGGAGCCUGAGCAGUCACCUGGUAGAGGAAGAGGGGGCAGGAGAGGACGUGGUGGUCGUGGAAGAGGAGGUUAUGGUAAUCAACCUCACUACGAAGCUCAGCAAGAUGGAGGGGACUAUGGACACAAUGCUCCACAGUAUCGUGAGUAUGAUGAUGGAGGUAUGGAUCAUGAGCGUAGAGGAGGGCGCGUGAGAGGAGGAGGAGGAGGAGGACGACGUGGUGGCCGUGGAAGAGGAGGUAACAAUGGUCCUCCUCCUUACUACGAAGCUCAACAUGAUGGAGGAAACUAUGGUUACACUGCCCCUCCUCCAAGGGAUCAUGGGUAUGAUGAUGGAGGUAUGAACCCGGAGCGAUCAUCUGGUAGAGGAAGAGGGGGUGGGAGAAGAGGAGGACGUGGAAGGGGAGGUUACGGUUACGGUGGUGGUCAACCUUACUAUGAAAAUCAACAAGAUGGAGGAGACUAUGGAUACAACAACAAUGCUCCUCCUCGUGGACGUGGUGGCCGUGGAAGGGGAGGAGGUCGUGGAAGAGGAGGAGGACGUGGUGGAUACAACAGAUCGGAAGGACCACCGAACAAUGCAGCUGCUUAAGUGAGCAUGGUCGUUGAAUGGACUUAUUUUUCUUCAUUGUCUUUAUCUUAAGAAGAACAAGAUGUUGCCGUAGAAUAAUUUCCAUCUUUCAUUUUGUCUUUUAGGUGAUGUUAAAUGUUCAUUUAUUUUAUGAAUGUUGCCUUUGUGAUUUCUCAGGUUUGUUUUGUUCCUUCCAACAUUUCCCAGUUUUGUCUUUUAUUUUCUGAGUUAUUGAAAAUUUGCAAGUUUUGGUA